AUGAGUAUUAUCCAACAGUUUGAUGAAAAUUUGGAUGAGGAAAUCUUAGAUGAAAAGGUCGUUCCUUCGAGGAUUAAGACAUCGACUCAGCUGGUUAAGAAUAUGUCUAAUAAUCCGUUUGAAAGGAAACCUCAAGGGAGUAAACUAAUGAAAACUUCUUCUUGACCUGUACAGAAACUUCAGAAAUAUGUACACAGCUACAAAGACAGGAUGGACCGUACAAAUUAUUCUAAAAUUUCAGAAGUGUCUUGAAAAGAAAAUUCACACCUAAAACCGAGUCUUCAGAGGGAUAUUAAGGACUUACUUCAAAGAGCAAUUAGGAUCAGAAACUCAUGAAAAUACUCUUCUGAACGCCACAUAAUUUGUGAGAAAAUUGAAGAUAAUUCUGUUGACUCUCCCUAUAUCUGAAAGAGGGAAGUGACAAUGGAAGAUAUUUCGGCUCCUAAUUAAUUUAAUACCAUAAUAUUUAUAAACAAACAUUUUCUUCCCAAUAUGUAAGAGUCCCAAUUCUUGGAAGUAUUUAGAAGUUUGUAUAUCGUUAAACCUUGUUUUUGGUGUUGAAAGAUAACGAACGUAAAAUUCCAAAAUUAAAUAUUCCAAAAUUUUGUACACAUACGUAUCCUAGUUAAAGGCGGUAUUGAUACCUGAAAGACAAUUUGUGUAGGGAAUUUAAAGUCUAAAGGCGAUUUAGGCUACUCUAUAAUCUUCCAAAAGUAUACUCAGAUCUGUAUUACUCUCUACUUGCCAGAUUUUCAAAUAAUUAAGUAACUUUGAAAAUAGCGAAUUAAGUUCAGUGAUUCAUUGAUCAAGUUAAAUUGGCAAGGGGCUAGUUAUCCUCAGAGAACAACUAAUUUAAAUUGGAUAAGAAUAUGCACAAUUUUAGCAAAAUUAGAUGUUUAUAUAGAUACAUCCAUGUCUUUUUCUAAAUAUUGCGGUAUUAUGAAUUGAGCUAUUGUCUCAAAGUGAACAUUACCUGAUUUUAUCAACUAGAGUCCCAAGACCCCAACACAUAUUUCCAAAAUUAUUCAUGAUUAAAAUGAUCAUUUCUAAUACCAGGUGGUAAACUUUUUAUGAACUAUUAAUAUAAUGCUUUCAGUAAUUGCUAAACCUCAGUUGCAUAUUAUCAAUUUUCUAUAAUCUCCAUAGAAUUGAGGAUGGCUCCAUAAAAGGUUUGUACACACAUAACAAAUUACCUGAGAAUUCUCUGAAAUUUUUGGAUUCAUUGAUUUGUGUACUAACAGAACUAAGAUGUCCUUAAAAAUUAAAUCUUGGACAAGAGGAGAGACUACUCGGUCAAGAAUUUAGGUGUAAGUUCUCUUUGAGCUUUCCUGCGUAAAAUUUCUUAUAAAAUACUGUUCUUAUAAUUUUAGGAAUAUCCUUUAAAGAGGAAAUAAGUAUUUAAAAAAUGAGAUAGGUGGUAAGAAGGAACCUAAUGAGAAAUAGUUAAUUCUUAGCAUAAUUUUCGGGUUUAUAAACGGUGGUAAAAACAAGCAAAUCCUAUUGGAAUUUUAUUGUAAGCUGUUUUUACGCUUGAUGAUUUUUACGUCUUAUUGAUUAGAUACAUAGUGGUUUGUCCAGGGUUUUCACUCAUAAUGUUCCUUAAAUUAGAAUUUAGAAAUUUAAGCUUAGCUUAUUGUUGAGAAACAUAACAGAAAGAUUGGUAAGGGUAAUUAUAAAUAUAGGAUAUUAUACAGAUUUUGGAGGGAAGAUGGAGAGGUUAAGAGUAAAAUUUGGCUGGGAAGGUUAGUAUUAAAUAAACUGUAGAGGUAGUAAGAAGAUUAAUACUCUUUUUAUUCAGUAAUCUACAAUAAAAUUUCCUUUUCGGCUCAGCCCUCUCAUACUACAAGUCAAAAAUCCCAACCCCACAAAAUAUAUUUUCUCGACUCUCCUAGACCUCCAUAAAACUCCCACAAAACUCUUCCGCUCCUUCUUCCUUC